AUGCUUGCUUGUUCUUAUCGAUUAUUGAUAUUAACAGCAUUAACUUUAUUUGUUGUAUUUAUUCAUAAAACAAAUGGCUAUACCUUUUCUUCUUAUACGAGCAAUUACGAUGCAUUAGGUUUGAAAAUUGCCGGUAAUGAUCAAUUAAUUGUCGAAGUGUUGAACAGUGAUACGAAUAAUAAUCAACAAUAUUUUCGUAUCAGUUAUGCACCGUACAACAACUCGAGUACGAACCAACAACAGUGCUUCACCACUUAUAAUAUUGCCGAAUCGCUCUACAUUUACAUGGUGGCCGUGGGUCGUCAUCCAACGGCGACAUCGGUUUUUUUUGCCGGCGAAAUUGACGACGGCAUAUCGGAUGAUAAUAGCAGCACGUUCAUCGGCAUUUUGAAUACCACUACUGCGAUAAACUGUUCGGGUUACACGUAUUCAAUCACUUAUCUAACAGAUGCUUACAACCAUCAACAAUAUUUUGUUCUUGGUAUUGAACCACAAGGUCAACAUGCGUUCGGCAUUACAGAAGAAUUUAUAUUUGUCUAUUUGGUCGAUUCGUCGUCAUUCGUCUUGUGGAAUAGUAAUGAGACAUGGACGACGUCCCAUUUUAUGCCUGCAGCCAUUGUUGUUCAAAAUGCGAGUUUCAUUGUAGCCGCUGGUUACACCGACAAUGGUCAGCUCGAUGGCACGAAUACGCCAGUUGUUUACCUUUUCAAUUGGAAUCCAUUGAACAAACCAUCAUUGACAAUAAUUAGCAAUUGGACAUACGUCGAUCAAACACAGCAGUAUCGAACCGCGAAUUCUUAUAAAAUGUCACUUGAUAUCAACGACGAAACGGGACAAAUACUCGUUGGCAUUCCUGCCAUCAAUCAAAUUUUUCUUCUUUCAGUCAAUGCUAAUAGCCAACUGACACAGUUGAGUAGCCGAGACAAUGGGCUACGAUACUAUGGCUACGGAAAGGGUGUUGCUUGGUUGAACGAUUCGAUUGCAGCUGUUCUCACGAAUCAAUACACAUUCGAUUCGGAAACAUGGAUUUCGUCCAAUGUCUACUUUUAUGAAAUUACCAAUGGAACAAUCAACAGUGAAAUAUCACUGUUUCCCAAUUUGCAAGCUUCAUUACCCGAUGCGUUUAGUUCCGUAUUGUUAAAUAUUAUAUCCACACCCGCCGGUGCGCUCAUCGUACUCGAUCAAAUUGGCAACAUUCUCAUUCUGUUACCAACCUCACCCGGUUACUCUCCAUUUCUAAACCAAAAUUCCACAUCACCAGCGUUUAGCAUGCCCGCUGUGUGUAUCCCAGGCACUUAUUCUAGUCAUUCCGGUGUCGAUCCUUGUAUUUUGUGUCCACAAGGUACGAAAAAUACCGGCAAUGAUACCACACUAUGUUCGACAUGUUCAUCGUCGACAUCAUUUUGUCCAUUAGGUGCCGUCGCUGAAGUCAAUGAGACAGCACUUGCACAAGUAUCACAAGCUCAAACCUAUCCCGACUCGCCAGAAUCGACACAAUUCGACGACAUUCUCCUGCAAAAUAUGUUCACAAUCGGACGAACGGGUCCUCACUGGGGUACUCACUGUCUCAUUAUCUCACCAUUGUUCUGGGCAUUGAUUGUCAGUGUUAUGGCACUGUUUGUCAUAACUUUCAUGUGUGUACUAAAACUUUUCGUGCCAAAAGAUCCGAGAAGUAAAAAAUGGCAACGCGAGAUACGGCGAGUUUUUCGACAAACCGAUUUAGUCGGCGAAGGCGAAUUUUGGGUAGGAGGCUUGGCUUCCUUUUCCAUUAUGGUUCUUGUUUGUUUCGCCUAUGCGUUCAGCACCUUAUAUUUGCAUCGAUACCCGAUCGAACGUCUUACAACAAAUUCGAACUUUGCCUGUGAUCCAACGAUACGAAAUGCAAAAUUUACCACGGGUCUUCAGUCUCUGGCUGUCCCGUUGACCAUCGACGAGCAAAACAUGUUCAACAUUUUGAACAAUCAACAAUUCACUGUUCACAUUGAUUUUGUUAAUACUCAAAUUCUAUGUACGAAUGUCGCAGUCGAACUGUUGAAGAAUUUUGGUCAAACCGAAAUCGACUUGACGGCAUGUUCGAACGAAAAUUCGAUUCUAUCGAUUGCAUUCGUGCUGCCCUAUCAAAGUAUCACCGCUGAAAUUAUUUUGAACAGCGUUUCACCGAUUGGCGGUCUGAGAGUUGGUUUGUCUGGAGACGAACUGGAAAUUGGCAGUUAUUCAAUGCAACAACUGCAGUUCUAUGAACCUUUCAGUGUACCGACAAGCACACUGGCACAAACACUCGCCAUUAGCCUUCAACUGACAAAAGUCAUCAAUCGAACCGAUCCACUCUCGGAUUCCGGAGAAGAAGAAUAUAACGCUCUUUGGAUUCCAAUGUUUCAAGUGAAUUUGAAUGAAAUGUUUUUGACCUAUAACGAUUAUUUUCAUUAUUCAAAUUUGACACAAACAACAUUAACACUCACCGUGAGUGAAACAGCAUUUUUUAUUAAAAACAUUCAACAACCAAUUGCAAAGGAAGCCGACAUUAUUUUCUAUUGUCUCCUUUUUACCAUUGUCUGCCUGGAAAUAUUUGGUGUCAUUUUUCUAAUCUUCAAAUUACUUGUCAUACCAAUGAUCAAUUUCGUGGCGAAACGAACAUGUCCAACGGCAUUGGAAGGUAGCGAUGAUGAGGAGGAAAAGGACGAAAAUUCACCAAACAGGAAGAAGAAGAAACCAGACGACAAAUUUUAUGAAUUGUACGAUAAAACAAAUACUACUAAAAAUUAUUUUUAG